AUGACAAGUGCAAAUAAAAGACAGAAAACCGCUAGAAAACCAUUGAUACUCAACUUCUUUGAGCAUGCAGGGCCAGCUCAGAUGUUUCCCGGUAUUUUUGCUCACCCAAAAGAUGAAUCAUCAACAUACAAGUCAAGAGCAUAUUGGAUCAAGUUGGCUAAAAUUGCUGAACGUGGGAAGAUCAAUGCCUUAUUUAUCGGUGAUACGUUAAGUCCAUAUGAUGUCUAUCAAGGUCCAGAAAGUGUUACAAGUACUGCAAUUGCUGGUGCACAGUAUCCAACAAAUGAACCAACGUCUGUUGUUCCCUUGAUGGCUGAAGUUACUGAAAAUUUAGGAUUUGGAUUAACAAUAAGUACUUUAGCUGAACCACCAUAUCAUCUAGCUAGAAGACUUGCAACUUUGGAUCAUCUUUCAGACGGUAGAAUUGGAUGGAAUGUUGUCACCACUUUCACAAAUAGUGCAGCUAGAAAUAAUUUGAAUGGUCAAGAUUUACCAAAAAGUGAAGAUAGGUAUGAUAGAGCACAUGAGUACGUUGACGUUAUAUAUGAGUUGUUAUUGUCAAGCUGGAGAGAUGAUGCUGUUUUAAAUGAUAAAGAGAGAAGAAUCUUUGCUGAUCCUGAUGCUAUAAGACAAGUUCAGUUCAAAGGAAAAUAUUUUAAUGUUCCAGGGUACCAAUUUACUGAACCUUCUCCUCAAAGGUUACCUGUCAUUAUUCAAGCAGGUGCAUCUGGAUCUGGUCAAAAGUUUGGUGCAAGAAUUGCUGAGCUAGUGUUCAUCAAUGAGGAAACGCCAGAGAAAUUGAAAGAGAAAAUUCAAGCCAUUAGAAAAAUUGCUAAAGAUGAGUAUGGUAGAGAUCCUGAACAUUUGAAGUUUAUUUCUUUAAUUAAUGUCUAUGUUGCAAAGACUUCAGAGGAAGCUAAAGAGAAGUUCAAAGACAUUACUUCAUAUGUUAGUAAAGAUGGAGUCCAAGUACUUUUUGGAGGUUGGACUGGUGUUGAUUUAAGUAAAUAUGAUUAUGAUGAAGACUUGAGACAAGUUGGUAAAAAUGAUCCUAGAUCACAUUUAAAAACCUUGUUAGGUGCUCCAAAUAAAGUUACUAGACGAGAUUUGAUUGAAAAAAUUUCAGGGAUUAAAUCAAACACUACAUUUGUGGGCUCCGUUGAAGAGGUUGCUGAUCAAAUUGAAGAUUUAGUGGACAGAUCUGGUAUUGAUGGUUUCAAUUUUGCCUAUAAUCUUUGGCCAGGAAGUUUUGAAGACAUUGUUGAUUUACUGAUUCCUGAGUUGAGAAGACGUGGCUUGGCUUGGGAUGAUUAUCCAGUAAAGGGUGGUACAUUUAGAGAGAAUAUCUAUGGUAUUAAAGGACAAACGUUUGUUCCUGAAGAUCAUGGUGCUUACAAGUACAAAUGGAAUGCUGGUAUUACAAAAGAGCAAUUUGAAAAAGAUUUGAAUGAAUCACAAACAGAACACUUCAAAAGUUGA